GGUGUCUUUUUGUCUCUCUCUCUCACUAUAUCUUUCUCAUCCUUACCGAAAACCUAAAUUCACCACCGCACCGCACACACACCUUUCUCCAAAUCCAAUCGCCCGCGCUUUCUCUCUUUCUUCUUCUUCAACAAUCACAUAAUAGAUAUGUCUGGGGAACAUUUUGAUGGAGAAGAUGUUGGCUAUGUGCCUGAGAAUAUGGAAUUUCCACAAAUUCAUUCCGAUGAACACGAUGAAGGAGAUGUGAUUGAUGACUCAGGGUUUCCUCAACUGCACCAUGAUGAUGAGUCUGGAUUUCCUCAACUGCUGCAUGAUGAUGAGUCUGGAUUUCCUCAACUGCAGCAAGAUGAUGAGUCAGGGUUUCCUCAACUGCAGCAUGAUGAUAUUGAUGAUGAACAGGUGGGAAGUUUGGGUGAGGAUGCCAAUCUUCCUGAAGAUCAAUUAGAAGGUCAUGAUGUGGAAAAUUUUCCUGAAAUUGACGAUGCCAUUGCCAAUGCUCUGACUGAAGAGAAUACUAACGAGGAACAACAUGAUGAAGGGAAUCAUGUGACUGAGAAUUUUGGUUCGCCGGAAAAGAAGGUACCCGGGGAAGAUUCGAAAGGAAUUGAAAUAAAGAAGUGGUAUGGGUGGCCUGGAGAGAAUGUUUUCAGGAUGUUGGUUCCUGCACAAAAGGUUGGCAGCAUCAUUGGACGCAAAGGAGAGUUUAUUAAGAAAAUUACUGAAGAGACUAGGGCUCGAGUUAAAAUUCUCGAUGGACCUCAAGGAACCGCAGAAAGAGCGGUAAUGGUUUCUGCAAAAGAAGAGCCAGAUCGCCCCAUACCACCUGCUGUGGAGGGUUUGUUAAGGGUUCAUAAACAAGUUGCCAAUGUGGUCAGUGAGCCUGCAGAUACUGCACAAGGUGCAGGGCGCCCAAGUAUUACGAGGCUUCUAGUGGCUGAUACUCAAGCAGGAAGCUUGAUUGGGAAGCAGGGGUCCACUAUAAAAAUCUUUCAAGAUUCUACAGGUUGCAAUAUACGCAUUCUUGGUUCAGCAGAACACCUGCCAAUUUUCGCUUUGCGGGAUGAUAGUAUUGUUGAGAUACAAGGGGAACCCGCAGGAGUUCACAAGGCAGUUGAACUUAUUGCACUCCAUCUACGCAAGUUCUUGGUUGACCGUAGCAUAGUCGGAGUGUUUGAAACACAGAUGCAACGACAAGAUGUUCGAGGUAACCAGAAUAUGCCACCUCACCAACCUUGGGGGCCUCCUCCUCAAGGGUUUCCUGCUCAUGGCGGUGGUGGUGGACCUGCUUUUCCGCCCAAUCCUCAGUAUAUGCCACCUCCACAUAACUAUGAUAAUUAUUACCCACCUGCUGACCUGCCUCCUAUUGACAAGCACAUGCAUCAGGGUCCACCACCUGCCUACGCAAGGGAUGCCUCUUUGGGAAUACAUUCUUCCGGUGGACAGCCACAGCAAUCUGGUGGGACUAAGGUCACACAGCACAUGCAAAUCCCGCUGUCCUUUGCAGAUGCUGUUAUUGGGGCAUCAGGAGCAAAUAUUAGCUACAUUCGCCGUGCUAGUGGAGCAAGUAUUACAAUUCAAGAGACUAGAGGUGUGCCAGGGGAGAUGACUGUUGAAAUAAGUGGUACCGCUUCACAAAUACAGGCAGCCCAACAGCUGGUUCAGAAUUUCAUGGCUGAAGCUGCAAAUGCCGUGGCCGCCGCACAGGCACAGGAUCACAUGGGAGGAACAGUUAACCAAGGCUAUAAUUCCUAUCCCACCAAUGCUCCUGUUUAUGCAUCUCCACAAUCAGGUGCUGCAGGCCAUGCACCACCUGCAGACUAUGGUUCUGUAUACGGCACCAACUAUGGCUAUUGAGAAUAUUACAUUCAAUUUUAGUUGAGGAGCCUUGCGUUUUUUAAACAAUCCAUUCAAUCUUAGUUCUGGUUCUUGUAUUCGAGUUGUACUGCAUUUGGUAUAAUAUUGGAUAGGAUUUAGAGAAUAUGAUGAUUCAGUAGGUUUUUUUUUUUAUUUUUUUAAUGUUGUUGGUUUCCUUCAUGUUUCCAAACAAGAAAUUUUUACGGGUCUUGAAUUUAAAUGUCGUUAACAAAGAUAAAUAUAAUCACUUGUCAUGAUAAAGAUUGAAAUGUGAUGCUUGAUAAGUGUAUGAAACUAAUGCUUCUAGGUAAACAGUUUAAUUAAACUGUAUCAUAUGAAA